GUCUGUCCAAACCCCUCCAAACUCACCGCACUCUCUAACGGAAAACUCUCUCUCUCUCUCUCUCUCUCUCUCUCUCUCUGCUCUUCAUCAUCUCCUCCUUUCGUUCACUCCCAUUUCUCUCAUCUUCUCCUCCAAUUCCUACACAUCUUAUUCUUUAUAUUCUCACCCUCCUUCCCGCUUCCCUCUCUAUCUCUAUUUUUUAUAUCUCAAAGUACACUCCUUGCUAUCCUCUCUCUCUCACAUCUAUAUAUAAGCCAGUACAAUCAAGAAAGCUAGCAGAUAUAUCGUUCUUCAGAUUCUGUGGUUUCUGAAGAGAUCUAACCACACCCUCUUCUUGUGCUGUGGAGGAAAGAAAAGCUAUUGCGAGUUUUGGAACAGUGGUUUCGAGAUUAGGGUUUCUGAUCUUGUUCCGCUGUUUCUAGGUUUUUCUUGUUUGGAUCAUCCUCACUCAUCUCGUGUAAGAGCUUUAGCUAGAGAGGACUUUGAUCAGAUGUGCACCAGAGGCCACUGGAGGCCCACCGAAGAUGAGAAGCUCCGCGAGCUGGUGGAACGGUACGGACCCCAUAACUGGAACGCCAUCGCUGAGAAGCUACAAGGAAGAUCAGGGAAGAGUUGUAGGUUGAGGUGGUUCAAUCAGCUGGAUCCAAGAAUCAAUCGAAGCCCUUUCACCGAAGAGGAAGAAGAAAAGCUUCUGGCUUCCCAUCGUAUCCACGGCAACAGGUGGUCUGUCAUCGCAAGGCUAUUCCCCGGUCGGACCGAUAAUGCGGUCAAGAACCACUGGCACGUGAUCAUGGCGAGGCGGAGUCGAGAGAGGUCGAGGCUCUACGCCAAGAGAGCAGCCCAGACCCUGAUGGAGGAAAGGACGAGAUAUUCUUCGCCUUCAUUGGCUAACAAACAACAAGACGUGCAGAUGAUGAACAUGAUGAUGAGCGCUAGUGCUACCGCAAAUUACCAGCUCGCUUCAUCGUUUGUCGACAACUUCUCUGGUUUAGGCCAGUGCGCUUUUGCUCAUGCCGGUCUUCCAUUGACCAAACAAUUCCACACUGACCAUCAGAUUUCUCCCGACAUUCCUGUUCGUGAAGAUAAACUUCAGCCUACUGAGUUUUAUGAUUUUCUCCAAGUAAAUACCGACUCUAACAAAAGUGAGGUCAUCGACGUCGUCCAUGCAAGAAGAGACGAUGAAGAGGUCGAUCAAGAAGCGGCUAAUGACAGUGCAGAUAAUCAAGCCAAGGGUGGUAGCGUUCCAUUCUUUGAUUUCUUAUCGGUCAGAAGCUCUUGUUAGCCUGGGUAUUUCGCAAAAGACAGCACGCGCAAAUUGCCCGUUGAUUAAUUCAGAAUGGCUUCGUAGAGCCUCAAUAUCACGUAGAUCGCGCCGGCCACUUUGAUAUUGACAGAGAUACGGACUUUUAAUUAUUCAAAGAGAUAUAUGAAUAUAUAGCUCUAGCUAGAAAAAAAAGGCAUUAUGUACUCCAUUAGAAACCAGAACGUAGCUGAGCUACAUGUUAGUGUAAAACCAUACACACAUUGGAGAAAAAGCAGGAAUUUUCAACAUUUCAGCAUCUCCAAA